GGGUCUUAUCGCUUCUCUUCCAUUUCCUCUUCUUCCUUUCUUUUUCUUCUCUCGUUGAGUCUUGACGAAUUUGCAGUCUUCGUUUCUCUGCCUUUUGAUUAUAGAUCUUCGUUUAAAUCGGUUACUAUUAAUUAGAUACGACGACGUCGACUGGAGUAACUCACACUACUAGAUAGAUAAGAGCAGUCUGCUAUUCUUCUAUCACUUGACUUUCCCCUCAUCUUUGUUUGCGCUCUUCGCAUCUCUCAUCAUGACAGACAACAACGCCCCUUCCCCCUCAAUUGAGGUCAAGAACCUAUCCUUCAAGUUCCCCGACGGUUCUCCCGGCUUGACCGACGUCAAUCUCCAAGCCCCCGCCGGCAGUCGAACCCUACUUAUUGGAGCCAAUGGCGCAGGCAAGACCACCCUCCUCCGCCUCCUAGCAGGCAAACGUCUAGCUCCUACAGACACCAUCACCGUAGCAGGCAAAGACCCCUUCAAGGACGGCCUGGAAGGCGUAACCUACCUCGGCAUGGAAUGGGUUCUCAACAACAUCGUCCGCACCGACAUCGACGUCCCUACCCUCCUCGCCUCCGUCGGCGGCAACGCAUACCCUGACCGCCGGGAUGAACUCGUCGACAUCCUAGACAUCGAUCUCCGCUGGCGCAUGCAUGCCGUUUCGGACGGCGAACGUCGCCGCGUCCAGCUAGCUAUGGGCCUCCUCCGGCCCUGGCAAGUCCUCCUUCUGGAUGAAAUCACCGUCGAUUUGGACCUCCUCUCUCGCUCCAAUUUCCUGGCCUUUCUUAAGCGUGAGACUGAGACCAGACCCUGUACUAUCGUCUAUGCGACCCAUAUCUUGGAUAACUUGUCGCUGUGGCCUACGCAUCUUGUCCAUAUGCAUUUGGGAAGCGUGCGUCAGUGGGGUCCCAUUGAGAAGUUCCGCGAAGAGGUUAAGGAGACCUCCGAAAAUAGUCAGCUCGGUGAGCUUGUGCUGAAAUGGCUCAAAGAGGACUUGCAUUCUAGGGGUCCGAGAAAUGGGUCCACCAGUCAGGCUAAGACUUACCCGUCGCUGGAGGGUUUGGGCGGGUAUGGCUUGGAAAAGCGGCCUGCUGCGUGAUGACAUGCGAGUGCGCCUCUCCUCAAUCCCAUCUGCUUUUUCACCUGUUUCAUCUGCUCUUAUUAAGUUCUUUCUUUGGCAUCGUUCAACAUGAUUGGUUCAACAACCACUAUACUGGAUAUGCAUGGCAGGGGUUCGGAGCAUCAUUCAACUAUU